CUAGCAACACAAUGUCAACCUUUUCCAAAACACUAAACUACAGUUCGGUUCUUCUGGUAGGCUGUCAUGCUAAUUAGGCCUACACAUCUUGAAUUUGUAAUUUAGUUAGGAAAACAAACUGACCGCAGAAUGGGAAAGAAAGUGAAGAAGGAGAGUGAAACUCCAUGCAAGGAAACGAUACCAUUGCCUGAAAACAUACUGUGCAUCGAGGGGACAGACACGGAAUAGGUUAUAAAGCAUGUACUCUCUCCUCACACUCACAGUUUGAACCGCUGACUGUUGAGGGCAAAACCCCAGCAACGGCAGUGCUGCUGCUGACCUCCCCGGAGGAGGACAUCCUCAUCAAAGCCUGUGAAGCGAUUCACGCAUUUGCAGAGAAAGGAGAGGAGAACAAGGUUUCUUUGCUGGGACUUGGUGCACUGGAGCCUGUCUGUCAGCUCAUCGCUCACAACAACAAGCUGGUCAGACGCAACGCCUUCAUGGCCCUGGGCAUCAUGGCAAACAACAGUGAUGUAAAGAAUGCUCUGAAAAAAAUAGACGUCAUUCCAUCAAUAAUUGACAAACUGUCACUUGAAGAAGAUGUAGUUGUCCAUGAAUUUGCAACACUGUGCCUGGCCUCUCUGUCAGCGGAUUUUGUCUGUAAGGUCCAGAUCUUUGACAGUAAGGGCCUGCCACCUCUAAUCCAGCUUCUAUCCAGUCCAGACCCUGAUGUCGCAAAGAACUCCCUGGAGAUCAUCUUCAAUCUGGUUCAGGACUACAAAAGUCGUCAAGCAUUACAUAAGUUGGGUGGGAUCCCUCCACUUCUGGAACUUUUGACGUCAGAUUACCCUGUCAUACAGCAUUUGGCUUUAAAGACGCUGCAGAAUGUCACCACUGACAAAGACACAUUCAACACCUUCAGGAAACAGCAAGGAUUUGAGAAGCUUAUGGAUAUAUUAAGUAACAAGGACUUCAGUGACCUCCAUGCUGAGGCCUUACAGGUAGUUGCUAACUGUCUGCGAGACAGCGAGACUUUCCAGCUGAUCCACGAGGGUGGAGGAAUGACAAGGCUAAUGGAGUUUGUUCUCACCCCCAACGUGCCCGAAAUCCAAUCCAGUGCAGUUAAAUGCAUCGCCAGGGCUGCUCAGAGCCCUGAGAACCGCAAACUGCUUCUUGAGCAGAAUGUGGAGAAGAUUCUGGUAGAGCUUCUGUCUGUGGAGGACAUCAGCGUGAAAACAGCUACCUGCCACGCUGUGCCCGCCAUGUGCUUCCAGCGAGCCAACAAAGACAGCUUCAGAGACCUGGGUGGCAUCCUUGCUGUUGUACAACUGCUGAACAAUGAGAGUUUGGAGCUGAGAGAGGCAGCAACCUGGGCCCUCUCUGACCUCACACAUAGCAACCAGCUCAAUGCGCUUGCCGUUUAUGAGGCAGGAGGCCAUGAGAUCCUUGUCCAGCAGCUCUAUGGAAGCUGUCCCAGGACGGUGGCCAAUUCUGCUGCCACACUUGGCAACAUGGCAGAACAGGAGGUCAUCCGCUGCAGCAUCUUGUCACAUGGAGCCAUACAAGCUCUGGUGGAGCCCUUGAAGUCCACAAAUCUGCAGGUCCUGGUCAACUCCACACGGUGCCUGGCUGUGCUGACCUGUGAUACAAAAGCCAGGACAGAGCUGCAAAGUGCUGGAGGCCUUCAACCACUUGUCAAUUUGCUGCGCUCCUACAACAAGGAGGUGUUGAAUAAUGCAUGCUUGGCUCUCAGUGUCUGUGCCAGUGAUGAGGCCACAACUGCGGAGAUGUGCAAAUAUGGAGCCCUUGAAAUGCUUCAGGAAAUUAACGAAUCUGUGAAUCGUAAGAGCAGUUUCAGUGGGUUGGCCAUGAUCAACCUGCUUAACUACAACGUGUCUAUUAAGUACAGCCUGACUGGUCAUUUGGCUUCCACUGACAUUAUCAGAGAUGGCUUCUAUGAUGCCGGGAAGGUGUGUGCUUGUGCAGGUCAGAGGAUUCUGACUUUGGAGGAACUGUCCAAUCAGCCUGUCAACCAGCACCGGCCCAUCAUUGUUAUCAGCACAGCAGCAGAGAAGAUGAAAGAGGAUGACAAACACAAAGAUGAGACCCCACCUGAGUCUCCCACAAAGAAACCGUGGAAGAUGAUGAAUGACGUCUCAUUGCAGCUUCUCAUUAACAAGGCCAAAGAAUCCAUCCUUCCACUGAGUGAUGAACGAGAGCAGUACGCUGCCUUGGCCAGGCUAGUGAGUGAAGCCAUGGGCGGUGCAGUGGAGAUGGAAAAGUUGCACGAAUUCUCAUGGGUGCUCCACCUCAGCGAGCUCAAGUUUCAGCUGCAGUCUAAUGUUGUUCCCAUUGGUUUGAUCAAGAGGGGAAUCUACUGCCACAGGGCGCUUCUCUUCAAGUGUCUGGUUGAUAGCAUCGGAUUGAGCUGCACACUCAUUAGGGGUGAGUACAACCGGGCUUGGAAUGAAGUGCUCCUCUUCAGCAGGAAGUCCAGGAACAGGCACUCGUCCCAGCCUUGCUGCUACAUAGUGGACCUUAUGCACCAGCCUGGAAGACUGCUGACAUCCAAUACCCCUGCUGCUGUGCAAUAUCAGACUAUAUAGACCAACACUGUAGUAAAUGAUGCAGUAACCAGACAUUUUAAUUUGAAUUAUUUCAGUGCAAACACAAGCCAAAAAGUAAAAUUCUCUUUCUCUAUGAAUGUGGCUUUUUAAAUAAACACAAUUGUUUAA